AUGGCAUUCACAUUUACAUUUAAUCCUCAUCGAUACCGCCAACUUAGAAUUAACGUUCCACCGUUAAAAUUCACGUGUUCAGCACUUGCAAAGGACAAUCUUCCAAAAGAACUUCAAUAUUGUUACACAUUUUGUGAAUAUUUGUAUAACUACAAAGUCGGAAAGGAUGAGACAUCUCAAUUCCAUCAACCUGUUUCCGAUGAACAAGCUCCACGUUAUUCUGAAGUCAUUAAACAAAAAAUUGAUCUUUCAACAAUCAAAAACAACAUCUUAUCAGAGAAAUAUUCAACGAAAGAAGAGUUUAAGAGCGAUGUAGAUUUAAUGUGGUCUAAUUGCAUACUCUACAAUGGCGCAGAUUCCGAAAUAGGAAAAUUGGCUGCUCGUAUUCGUACUGAAUUUGAUAAAGUUUGGGCUUUUCAUAACGCUAUCAAAGAUUCAGAGCCACCACGUGAAGCCAUUAAGCUUAUGGAAGAAACAUACGCAACAUUUAGAGAAAUUCGUGAAGCUCAAAAAUCAACAUACCUUUUCCCCGAACAAAUACAAGUUAAGAGUGAGCACACAAGCACAACGAAGACAAGCAAAUUGCAUGCUAGUGCUCAGGUUGUUGUAGAAAACCCAACAGAAGAAGAAGCAAAGACACCAAUAUCUACAGACGAGAAAUACGAACUUGCCAGGAAUAUAGACUUAAUGCCAAUAGAAUUGCUCGGCCAAGUUAUUCAAAUUUUGUCAGAACAUCCAAGUUUCAGACGUGACGUUCCUGUAUCAAUUCCAUUCUCAGAUAUCGAUAACUUAAUGCUUCGUAAGAUACAAAAGUACGUAAACGCUCAUCAAAACCAAGAAUCUCUUGUCAGAAGAAUGUAUCAAGAUAAAGUUGCCGCAGCUGAUCAACUUAACUACAUUAAUGCACAGCUUAAGAUUAUUACCGAAAAGAUUAAUAACAAGAAUAUUUCUAUCGAUUCUUCUUCUGCUGCUUCUGAAAAUACUGAUUCCGAUGAUGGAUCUGGAAGCAACUACUCGUCCGAUUCCUCAAGCUAA